CAAUGCCCCCACCGCUGUACAGAGCAGGUCAGGAUCUGACGGACCGCUGCUGUUAGUGUGUGUGUGUGAGGUGUGUAUGAGCCAGAAGAGCGGAUGUAGGUCCAGCACAUGGAUCAUCUGCUUCUCAGGUUGACCACCACCACACUGCUGCUGGCGGUGACCCUCACCUCCCUCAUCACAGCUCUUAAGUGUGUGUGCCAGCUGUGUGCCAAUCACACCUGUGAGACGGAGGCCAAUGGCGCGUGCUGGAACUCGGUGAUGCUCAUCAACGGGAAGGAGGAGGCUCUGAAGUCCUGCCUGUCUCCCAGUGAGCUGAAAGGCCAAGUGUUCUGCUACAGCUCCAAGGACGUGUCCAAACGCAACUGCUGCUUCACCGACUUCUGCAACAAUGAGACGCUCCACCUGCGCCCAGAAACCCACACCGACGGAGGACACUGGGGUCGACUGGAGAUGGCAGCUUUGAUCCUGGUGCCGUCCUGCCUGCUGUGUGUGGGCGUGGUUCUGAGUUUGUGCGCCAUGAGGAACCAGCGCUCCCUGCACAGCAAGAGCCGGAAUCAAGACCCGGAGGAGCCGCUGGACGACCAGAGUCUCGUCUCGUCGGAAAAAUGCCUGAAAGAGCUGAUUUAUGACAUGAGCACGUCUGGCUCUGGAUCAGGGCUCCCCCUGCUGGUACAGAGGACGAUAGCGAGGACCAUCGUGCUGCAGGAGAGCAUAGGUAAAGGCCGUUUCGGGGAGGUGUGGAGAGGGAAGUGGCGAGGCGAGGACGUGGCCGUGAAGAUCUUCUCCUCUCGAGACGAGCGCUCCUGGUUCCGUGAGGCCGAGAUCUAUCAGACCAUCAUGCUGAGACACGAGAACAUCCUGGGUUUCAUCGCGGCUGAUAACAAGGAUAAUGGUUCAUGGACUCAGCUAUGGCUGGUAUCCGAGUACCACGAGCACGGCUCGCUGUUCGACUACCUGAACAGGUACACGGUGUCGGUGGACGGCAUGAUCGUUCUGGCUCUGUCCAUCGCCAGCGGCCUCGCUCACCUCCACAUGGAAAUCAUCGGCACCCAGGGAAAACCAGCCAUCACUCACAGAGAUAUAAAGUCCAAGAACAUUCUGGUGAAAAAGAACGGUACGGCAGUGAUCGCUGACCUGGGACUGGCCGUGAAGCACGACUCCUCUACCAAUACCAUCGACAUUCCAGUCAACCACAGAGUGGGCACAAAGAGAUACAUGGCUCCUGAGAUUCUGGACGACAGCAUUAACAUGAGCAGCUUCGAGUCGUUUAAGCGGGCGGAUAUCUAUUCCAUGGGCCUGGUGUUUUGGGAGCUGGCGCGAAGGUGCUCCGUCAGAGGUCUGCAUGAGGAUUUCCAGCUGCCUUUUUUUGACCUGGUGCCUUCAGACCCGUCAGUGGAUGAAAUGAGGAAGGUGGUGUGUGAGCAGAAACUACGACCCAACAUCCCCAACCAGUGGCAGAGCUGUGAGGCCCUGCGAGUGAUGGGGAAGAUCAUGAGGGAGUGCUGGUACUCCAACUCCGCCGCUCGCCUUACUGCCCUGCGUGUGAAGAAGACCGUCUCUCAGGUGACCGUCGCGAAGGACGUUAAGGAGUAGCGCGCUCUGCACACCGGCGGACUCUGGUCUGAUUCAGUAAGGGACCACAUUUCAGUUCUGAGGACGUCUUAAGAUGCUCUGACGGGAAAACUAAACAGCUUAGCUGGGUUUCCAGUCCUUUAACUGGGUUUGUGGUGUAAUGGUGCAGGGAGGAUAUACUGUGCACUGACCGUUCCAGUUUAUCUGGAUGACUUUAUACCUUGUUCACUGCCUUCUUGCUUACUCGUAGCUUUCCUCUUUAACCUCCUUCUCUUAACACUCCUCCUGUGGCUUCU